GAAUCUUCCACAACGUUCCUAAUUUGUCCUUCAAAUGGGGUGGCUGCUGCCGCAGCAGCUGCAAUAAGCUCCGCAGGAAAGCCUGCUCCUCAUGACACCAACUUCUGACUCGAAGCACAGCAGGGGAGACGAAAAUCUGGUUUGAGCUUGAGCUCAAAAGGCCCUCCAAGUGCUCCUGCGAGGGCGCCUCUGCAAAAUCAGCUGUUGCUUUGAUUGCAAUCCUCUGAAACUUGACAACAUGGUGCAGACCACCCCAGCAUCUCAGGCUGCCAGUUCCAGCAAGGAUGCCGGUGCUAAGCAGCCCUUCUAUCUCCCCCCGCAAGAAGUUCCAACUGGGGCGCCUCUACAGUCAGAUCUAUCAAUAGUGCCCCCCCUCUUCCACCCCCUCAAAAUAAGGGGCGUGACGCUCCACAACCGUAUCGUCGUCAGCCCCAUGUGCAUGUACUCUGCCGACGAUGGCAUGCUCACCGAGUUUCACUUUGCGCACCAUGCACAAUUUGCGCUGCGGGGGCCGGGGGCUAUCUUCAUCGAGGCAACAGCGGUCACGCCGGAGGGCCGUAUUUCGCCGCAGGAUGCCGGCAUCUGGGACGACAAGCACAUCGCCCCGAUCCGGCGCAUCGCAGACCUGGUCCACUCCCAGAAAAUCCCGCUUGGUAUCCAGCUGGCGCACGCGGGCCGGAAAGCGUCGACGUCGCAACCGUGGCGCGGGUACUACCGGGUGACUCCGGAAGACGGCGGGUGGUCGGACGAGCAGGUGGUGGCGCCGAGCGCGAUCGCAUAUGAUGAGAAGCAUGCGGAUCCGCGGGAGAUCACGAAGGAGGAGAUAGAGGAGAUUGAGGAGGCGUUCGUGGCUGCCGCCAAGCGGGCUCUGGCCGCGGGUGUCGACAUGGUGGAGGUUCAUGGCGCGCACGGGUACCUGAUUCAUUCGUUUCUCUCCCCACUGAGCAAUCUUCGGACGGACGAGUACGGCGGUUCGCUUGAGAAUCGGAUGCGGUUCGCGCUUGAGGUCACGGAGAAGGUUCGCGCGGUGUGGCCGUCGGACAAGCCGGUCUUCUUCCGCGUGUCCGGCACCGAUUGGGCGCCCGGCGGGUGGGACAUCGAGCAGACGAUCGAGCUGGCCCGGCGGCUGCAGCGGCUGGGCGUCGACGUGCUUGACGUCAGCAGCGGUGGGAAUACGCCCCAGCAGAAAAUCAAGGUCGGGCCGGGGUACCAAGUACCGCUCGCGGAGAAGGUGAAGCAGGCCAUCCCUGAUUUGCUCGUCAGCACAGUUGGCCUGAUUCUCAACCCGCACCAAGCAAACGAAAUCAUCGCGAGCGGCAAGGCGGACCUGGUCAUGCUCGCGCGCGAGUUCCUGCGCGACCCCAACUUCGUGCUGCGCGCAGCGCGUGAUUUAGGGGUGGAUGUACAAUGGCCCAACCAGUACCAUAGGGCGAAGGACGCGUUCUAUAAGCACCCGUAAAAACCUUUUAAAGGGGGUCUAUGUGUUCUGGAAAGUGUCAGUUCGAGUAAUAAAAUUUGGGACUCUUGAUUGGGAGGCAAGGUCUGGUUCAAAGCAAGAGACGUGUAGCGCGAGACGGAAGGAUACAAGCAGUGGCGAGGCAAAGCGCUACCUCUAAUCAGAAGCAUAGGUUCGCAGCCGGCAAAGUCGAUUGGGACACGUGCUAGUCACUUAGGAAGUUAUCUGUACAAUUCAUCAAUCAUGAGUGUAGUAGGAGAAGUCAGGGCGUGCGGGCCAGCACCAAUGGAAUUUGGGGAGCACGCUUCUAAGGCGUAAGCGUGCACUGAGCAACGGGAUAGCACUAUAUUAUAUAAAGCCAUUGGAAUCAUACGGCCUGAUUAGAUUGUUGAAUUCGCAUUCAACUUAGCUAGGCUGCAUAGUGUUCAGAUUGACAUAGGGCAGCUAAGAUUGAAUUAGAACGGCAGGCUUAGGGCAAUGACGUAGGCGGACAUCUUUGCCUGUUCUACUGUUUGUGGUUAGCUAGGUUUCCUGCCAGGCAAAUAUAACGAAUUGAUGGGUCCACUUACUUACUUCAGCCAAUGAACGGUGUAAGUUCAAUUGUGCUCCUGAAUCCUGCUCUGAGUCUAGCUCAGU